AUGGAAAACAUUCCUCUUGAGCUUAUAAGAAAAGUACCCCCGGUGACCAGAUGCUGGAUUGGGGGAAUUGUGUUGAUGUCUAUCUUGGAAUACUGUGGGAUUGUCCGACAAAUCGACCUUGUAUACUCGUUUGAGAAAGUGUUCCACCAGCACGAAUAUUGGCGACUACUCACCUGUUUUCUAUACGUUCGAAGAUUUAGCUUGGACUUAUUUUUCUCUCUAUAUUUCACCAUGACCACCUCGAUCUCCCUCGAGGAAUCUCUCGGGACCACGAUUGAUGGGACCUGGGACUACUUGUGGUUGAUUUUUGUCAAUGGGUUGAUUCUCAUUUUGUUCGCCACCUUCAUUAGACCAACCUACUUCUUGGGAUCCAAACUCGACGACGCAUUGCUCUAUAUUUGGUCUCGAAGAAACCACGGUGCCAGGAUGGAGAUCCUAGGGUUGGUUAAUUUCCGAGCCCCGUAUUUGCCGUUUGUGUAUGCGGUGAUCAAUGGUUUAUUGAAUGGCAGUACCGUGGUGGAUAUGAUAUUGGAUGUGGUCACUGGGCAUAUUUUUUUCUUCUUUCAGGACGUUUUUCCAACAUUGCACGGUAUUCAUCCGUUGAAUCCCCCAUGGAGGCACAAGGCUGCGGCCGCGGCAAUUGCUUGA